CGAAGGAUCCCCAUGGAUGUAGACACCCGUUGGAACUCAACUUAUGAAAUGAUAGUUGCAUCUCUUGAACUCCGUCCCGCUAUUGAACGUCUAAAAGAAUUAGAUUCUGAAUUUAAGUGUAUGCCUUCGGAAAUCGAGUGGGAGAAUGGAAAGAAAGUGUGUGAUUGUUUAAAGAUUUUUUCAGAUAUAACAAAAAAACAUUCCGGUGUCAAAUAUCCCACUGCAAAUCUGUAUUUUAUUGAUGUGAUUCAAAUUCGUAGAAGCAUCAAGAUGUGGGUUGAAUCUAGUGAUGAAUGGAUUUGUCUCAUGGGUUCAAAGAUGCAACUGAAAUUUGACAAGUAUUGGGAUGAAUGUAAUAAGUUGUUAACGGUUGCUGUUAUUCUUGAUCCUAGAUAUAAGAUGGCUAUAGUUUCCUAUGCAUAUAAAGGUGUUUAUGAUCUCCAAGCUGAUUUUUAUAUAUUGGAGAUACGUGAGUUUUUGUCAAAGAUUUUUAAAGAAUAUUCUGAUAAAUAUGAAAAGAGCAGCGGGCUUGUGGACAGUUCUCGUUUGGGCAGUGGAUUAGGUGGAAGUUCAAUUAGUGGAGAAUGGUUGGGUGGUUUCCAAGAUUUUGUUGCAAGUAGUAAUUUAGGGGAACAAGCAAGAAAGAGUGAGUUGGAUGAAUACUUGAAAGAAGGUUUGUUUCCAAUGGAUAAUGAUUCUGAAUUUGACAUUCUUAAUUGGUGGAAGCUUAAUGGCCCUAAAUUUCCGAUACUUGCACGGAUGGCGCAAGAUAUUCUGGCUAUACCUACAUCUUCAGUUGCAUCUGAGAGUUCGUUUAGUAAGUGUCGGAGAGUUAUCACAGACACACGUUCCUCUCUACAAUCUGAGUCAGUUGAGACCUUAAUGUGUGUCAAGGAUUGGCUCCCUGACAUUAGAGAUGGUACUGGACCUACUGAUCAAUCUGAAGAUAUUGCAGAGGAUGAUUUAAGCUACGGUGAGUGGGAUAUGGAGUUCUGAGCAAGUUCAGAAGCUACAGGUCAAAAGCUACAGGUUUGCUAUUACUGGAUAGUGGAGCCAGAAGAUUUUGCUGAUUUCUGGAAGUUACGGCAUACUGUGAUGCUCUCUGUUUUGUUGAAAAAUUACUGCAUUAAUCUGAAUGUUUGUAAUAUUUGUGUUGGUGUUUAUUUCUAAACUAAGAUGUCAGGAUUCAUUUUGUAGUUGUUUUAUUUGAACUUCUGUUGAACUUGUGUAGAAAUUAAGGAUGUACUCUAUUUGAUGUUAAGAGAAUAUUUGCUGAUGUUUAGUUUCCUGCUUCUGUUUAUUGAGAAUAUGAGCAGAUGAUUUGUAUAUUAUAAUCUAAGCUUUCUUGAAUGGUGGGUGAUAAGUUUGUAUUGUGGGUUUCUUUUGUUUUCUGCUUCAUUCAGUUGCUUGAUCACUUUGCAAAUGUUUCUGGAACUGC